AUGAAGGGUUCUAUGAAGGCUCGAUACGAAACAGACAAAGUGGCUGGCGUUGCGACCGUCGCCUUCAACGCCGGCGAUGUCAAGCUCCGAGCCUCCAUCACCGAUGACACCAUUGCCAACGGCCCCAGCUUAAACGGCUUAGCUUUAGCCGUUGAGAAACCCGGCUUCUUCAUCGUCGACUACAACGUCCCCAAAAAGGACUUUAGGUUUCAGUUUAAGAACACAAUUAAAGUUUCGGAGAAACCGUUGAAUUUGACUUACAGUCAUAGUAUAGGUGAUAAUCGAACGAUAUUGGAUGGAACGCUGGUGAUCGAUUCGGCUAAUAAGGUAUCAGCGAAUCAUGUGCUUGAUUCGGGGAAUUGUAAGUUGAAGUACACUUAUGUGCACGGAGGUUUGAUGACGUUUGAGCAGAGCUAUGAAUUGGCAAAGAAUUCGUGGGAUUUCGCGGUGUCGCGGAAGGUUUAUGGGGAUGAUGUGCUUAGGACUACGUAUCAGACUUCGAGUAAGGUGUUGGGGCUCGAGUGGUCGAGGAAUUCGACGAUAAAUGGAUCUUUUAAGGAUGUUUGUGUGGUACUGAGUUUCCACAUGCAAGAUCCCAAGGUGACAGCUAUGAGUGCUCAAAAUUCUUGGCUUUCAGCAUCCCUCAAUUUGGCAGAUGAUCGAGCAAUGCCAAAACUAACUGCCGAGAGUACAUGGAAUUUUGAAGUAUAA